AUGAGCAAAAUAAUUCAGCAGAUAUUCGAGGACUACAACAGGUCCAGGACGCAGUUCACCCAAAGCAUAUAUGACAUGUGUCUAAAGGCACACAACAUGGAAGUAAUAAUUAGCACGGAUAUUAUAAUUCUGAUCCGUCCACUGAUUCUGGAUAAGGUUCCCAUCGUGCAGCAAAAUGCGACUCAAAUAUUGGCCAAAAUGGCUAGUCAUUCUGAGGAGGUGGCUUUAACCAUUUUGCAAAAUGAUGUCUUACCACAUCUAGUGUAUUGUUUAAAACAUGAAAAUAAAAAUUACAGAAAAAAUUGUGCCAAUACGUUGAAGUGUCUAGCUAGCCAUAAUGCCAAGCUAGCAAAUCUGGUCGCAGAGGAAGAAAACUGCAUCGAUAAUUUGAUAGACUGUUUGGACGAAUAUGACGUCAGACUGAAGGAAGCAUGUAUAAAUGCACUUUGCGCAAUUGUAAAGAAUGACGUUGAUCUGUCCAACCAACUCAUGGCCAAGGGGAUCAUCCCUCUGGUAAUUCUCUCAGUACAGGAGAAAGACACAAACUUAGUUAGAAGUUCAUUAAACAUAUUAACGGAGCUGAGUAAACACACCAACGAAAUUGCAAAGGAGGUAGUGGAUAAUAAUGCUCUCCCACAUCUAAUCAAAUUUUUAGACCACACAGAUGUACAGAUAAAACGCCAUGCAUGUAACUGCUUAGCCCAAAUAGCAAAACAUAAGGAAGACUUAACAGAACUAAUUAUAGAGAACGACGUUUUUCCAAAAAUUAUUUACCUACUAAAUGACAGUGACGAUGUUGUAAAGAAAAACUGUGCCAAUUGUUUAAAAGAAAUGAGCAAACAUAACGAGGACAUUUGUAAGAUCAUUUCCCGUGCAGGUAGUCUUCCCUUUCUAUGUGAAUGCAUUGAACAGUCAUCUAGGGGUAGUGUCCAAUUACCCGCAAUUUUGUGUAUUGGUUUUAUUGCCUCCUUUUCCGAAUCGCUAAGCUUAAAUAUCAUUUUAUCUAAUGCUAUUCCUAUUUUAAAAAAAUGCCUUAUUGAAGAAACGGAGGAUUACAUCAAAGCUGCAUGUGUGUGGACCCUUGGCAAUAUCGGCAAACACUCCUCCUCUCAUGCGAAGAAACUAUGCGAUGAAAACCUCCUCAUCAUUUUCGUAAAUUUGUACAACGCAAAUGAUUCAUCGGAUGACUUAAAGAAGAAAGUUAAACUUUCCUUCAAAAGCGUCAUUCAGAAGGUCAUCGAUUUGGAGUCUCUAGAACCCGUUUUUCUCAAAGCAACUGCUAAGUUGGCCAAAUACUGCAUCUGCCAGUUCGCCAAAAUUAUUCCGAAAAACCCCACGUAUAAGAAGUCUUUCAUCAAGUCCGGCUGCCUCAAGUAUCUGCAGGAAAUGAAGAACUCCGACGACGCGAAGAAAAUCGAAAUGGAGAUUAACACGAUUAACAACUCCUUCCCAGAGGAUAUCAUUAACUACUACACCCCCGGCUAUUCGGAGACGUUAAUAAAAAGGAUUGACCAGGCGGGUAAAAGUUGA